CCUCGCAUAUAGUCAUCUGUCUGGGUGUAGACACAGAGGCACAGCCCUGCAGCACUCUCCCUUUUUCCCAGCUCCACUUCACUUCUUUUCUCUGCAAAGAUGAUGAAAGGUAUGAUCAUCAAGAACAUGUCCUUCAAAGUUGGACAAACCCUGACUAUUAUUGGAGUAGCUAAACCUGAUGCUACAGAUUUUGCCGUGAACAUUGGCCCUAAUGAGAAGGACAUCACCCUGCACAUUAACCCUCGAUUUAACGCCUAUGAAGACGAGAACGUAGUGGUCUGCAAUUCCUUUGAAAGAGGCAAAUGGUGUGAGGAGGUCCGCGAGGGAACCUUUCCUUUCCAGCAAGGACAGGAGUUCAAGAUCACCAUCGAAUUCACCCCAGCUGAGUUUGUCGUGACCUUAUCAGAUGGCUAUAAAAUCCACUUUACCAACCGCUUGGGUGCAGAGAAGUACUCCGUCAUCAGCUUUGAUGGGAAGUCUCGCAUCCAGAGCGUGGAAAUCAAGUAAAACUCUGUCCUCUGGAAAGUACCUGAACUGGACUGAUACUCGGUCGCAUCACAUGUUGCCCAUGUGUUUUCAAAUCCCUCAUAAGAUUUUCCUCCGCAUUUAGCAUUUAGCAAAUUCUAUGUCAUGUUUAGGCUUGUUGAGACCAGAUGCAAUCACACAUGAAAAUAAAAAUAAAGGUAGAGAGAUUCUGUAAUCAAGGAGUAAGAAUCUUAGGAUUAGCAAGGAGAAAGAUGUAAACAAGUUUUGUAAAUGGUACACCUUUUGUUUUUGUAAUGUAUUAACUGGCCAAAGACCUUACAAAUCAUGGUGAUGUUAGAGUGUUAUUAGGAUUUUACCCAUGAAUACACAUUAAUUGUUUUUUUUUUUGUUUUUAGUUUAUGGAUCUACCAGUUUUCCUUGACAUUCCAUUGGUAUCACAUUGUUUAGCGGUAGCAACAUCCACUAAAACCUGUCCGUGUAAAAACCAUAAACACAAAAUUUCAAACAUGUCAAGAGUUCUUUUCUUGCCCAAUAAAAUCUCAGUUUUUGUGCAACCCA